CCAUGUGGAAUCAGAAUAUUCGUUUCCUCUACCUCGUUUGACGUUUCCGGGUUCGGCAGGCGUCUACGCAAUUAAAAUCGGCGUUGGUGUCCAAAGGAUCUGUCUUGACUUGCCGUCUAUCGUUCCCCCGAUCUCGCCGGCUCCUUUUCGCUCGAAGUCCGGUGCUUCUCGAAGCCGUCGUCAAACCCGACCGGCGAUUCUCUGAAAAGGUAGUGUUGAAGGUUUAUUUCCUGCACAUGGCUGGUCCUGAUGGUGAGAGUGACUAUAAAUGGAUAGAGCAGGUGAAGUCUCAAGGGGCAGUUCCGUGUCUUGAACCAGAAAACUGUCUAAAUGCUUGGGCUACUCCUCCAGGUGACAAGUUUAUGGUUAGAGGCCCUGACUAUCUCUCAAACAAGGUAAAAGUACCUGGUGGUGAAUACCUUUUAAAGCCACUCGGAUUUGAUUGGAUCAAAGGUCCCACAAAAAUUGGUGAGGUGUUAAAUCAUCCGAAUCAUCGGGUUAGGAAGGCUAUUGAUGAUGAAAUUGCAAUUGGCAACAACCCUUUUGUUUGGGCUUUCAAUUUGCAACUCCCAAGCAAGGAUAACUACAGCGCAAUUGCCUAUUUUGUAGCACUUGAGCCUAUACAAGAUGGAUCUCUCAUGGAUCAAUUUUUGAAAGGUGAUGACACAUUUCGUAAUUCAAGACUUAAAUUGAUUGCCAACAUAGUCAAGGGACCUUGGAUAGUUAGAACAGCUGUGGGUGAGCAGGCUAUCUGCAUAUUGGGGCGAGCUGUUUCUUGCAAGUAUGUGUUUGGAUCGAAUUACAUUGAGGUAGAUGUGGAUAUUGGAGCUUCAAUGGUUGCCAAUGCAAUUGUCCACUUGGCAUUUGGUUACAUCACGACACUAACAGUAGAUCUAGCAUUUCUUAUUGAAAGCCAGACUGAAUCAGAGCUCCCAGAACAAAUUCUUGGAGCUAUAAGGUUUUCGGAACUUAAUCCAGCUUCAGCUAGCCUGUAUGAGCAGCCAUCUGAGGAAAAUUCGGGAAAUCUUCAGUCAUCUCUUCCUACAAGAUGGUGGAUAUCAAUUGGGCAGGGUUUUUCUCAUUUGCUACACCCAGGCAAUCAGGAUGGCUCUACCUCCACCCCAGAACAGUCAGAGCAUGUUAAUGGCACUUCUCAUGGAGGAGAUGGUGGUGAAAAUAUCGAUAAAUAAUUCAUUUAUGGCUGGUCCUGAACUUACUGGAGAUGGGAAGUGACUUAAAUUAUUAUGCAAUUAGAGAAGGGAGAGACCCAAUUGUGCAAUUUAUGAUUAAAAGUAGUAUUUGCGUUUGAUCAUGUGAAUCAUUCAUUGCUUUUAUCAUUUGAGUCAUUCAUUGCUUUUAUUUUUUCAGAUCAUGUAAUUUAUGAUCAAAAAGCUUAGACAGGUGCUAUUUUGCUUUGUGAGCUCCAUGUCUUCUUAUAGUGCAUUACAUGAGGUAUGUGAGCUGGUUAGUAUGUACAUAGGAUAUUGAGAUACAAAGUGGUGAAAUCAAUGAUUGCUUUUCUUCAUCA